CACAAUCCAAAGCAUCAGAGAUGCUACCUCCUCGCCUUCCAAGUCGGAUAUCGGGGGCCAUCCGGCCAACCCGGAUACCAGGUCACCAUAGUCUACGACAUCCCUCCCGUGCAUUCACGCAAAAGUCCCGACUCGAACUCGUAACCCCCCCGUACGUCAGGCCACAGCUACCCUUCCUCUCUCCAUUGGCGAGCAGUCGGCCAGUGCCGCCAUUGUCGAUUCACCUCCGACAGCAUUUCGCACGAUUGAUCUCGACCGAGAGUCGCGAACAUUACAAACAGCGUCUUUACCGCGGUCUCCGGAUCGGUCUGUCGUUCUAUGCUAUUCUGGUCUUGUUCCAGGUGAUCAAGCUGGGCGUUUAUCAAGAAGAAAUCGAACAUCAAUGGCCUACGCCGCCAGAGUGGUCGUGGAAGAGUCGGUGGUGCUUGCGUUCUGCGCAGGCUCUUCAGCACCCAGAGGAUAUCGGCAAGCUGAUGACCAAUUGGCCCAUGGUUGCGGGGUAUUUGAAGGAAUUGCUGGAGCGGUUGGAAGAUCCGGCUGGUGAAGGAAAGGGCAUUGUUGAGCAAGGGGAUGGCGGCUUUUUGGUUGAGGGUGUUGGGAAGACCGGAUUUGAUGUGUCUAGCAAGAGUGAACCGUGGCGGAGAGGAUACUUCCAGGCGCUUAUGGGUGCUGCGAAAGCGGCGGAGAAUCUUGAGGGUUGGUUGACGGAUCGGAAGCAGCGUAUCUCUGCGCCGGCUGAAUACGUUGUUGGUCCUUCGAACCCUCGCCCGAAGCCUAUGCCUGCGGGUCAGAAGAAGGUGCCGCAGGAGGAGGAUUGCGAGCAGGCUUCUCCGAGCCCCGAGGUCUUUUACAUGAAGAUCCUGACUACGCGUGGAUUCGAUACUCGGCAGAAGCUCGAUGCUGCCCUCGCUUAUGCGGAUUGGUUGGAUUAUAAGGGUUUGCAGGAUACUGCGAGCGACAUGUACAAAUGGGCCAUGGACAUUGCUGCCUCGGGGUCACUGGUUGACGCUGGGAAGGUGGUGGAUAUGAAAACGGGAGUUCUCAAAAAUGAUGGCAAGUCCUUGCCAUCGGAAAAUAUACUGCGUGUCUCGACCGCGCUUGCGGUUUAUCAUGCCCGACAUGACAACCUUCCCACCGCUCUCUCCAUCUUUACCUCCGUUCUGAAGGCCCGCCGUUCUCUACCGCCGCCACCUCCUGGCACAAUUAUGCCGAAACUCCCAUCUCUACACAAAUCCAAGGACCCAUUCCGUUACCUCUUUGACUCGAUUAAGAUCAUGCUAGUCCCCGUUGAAUACCCUGCACCUCUCCCAUCUGGAAAUGAACCGCCGCUCCGAACUGCCACCUCCGCCUGCGACGAGGCAGGGCUCAUGACUUACAUUGGCGAGAUUAUCUACGCAUCAUCCUCGAAAGAAACAGGCCUUGCCUGGACCCGCGACGCAGUUGACACAGCCGAAGCCACCAUGCUCGAGUUAGGUGAAUCCGACCGUAUCCCCCGCCACCGCUGCGCCGAGUGCCUCCGCGUCGGCCUGGAGAACUGGAAGACGAUGGUCUCCCGACUUGUCGCCAAGGCCGAAAAAGCAGAGCAAGAGAGCAUCCAGAAGUCUGGGCGCUCCUGGUUCGGCGGCCAGAAGCAGAUCGAAGCCAAGUCCGUGGAACGCAAGAGAUGGGAAGCUGAGAAUUUGAUCCUUGACGAUCGAAUCCGGCGACUUUGGCCGAUGAUUGACGGGGAGUCCGGGCUUGAGGGCAUUGCGCCCAAUAGUUCAUUGUUUGUAUGAUGUUUUAUUUUGAGUGAGAAAUUCUUGUCUUCUUCGAAGGGGCGAUUAUACCAGGAGUUUGGGGGCGAGAUUGGCAUCUUUUGGUCUUGUCGGUUCACACACAAAAUGCCUGUAUAUUUACUGAACAUAUUUGCAUAAGUCAUACGACGUUGUAUGUCACUCAUAAUAGAUUCUUUUCCCGAUUUCUGCGCC